AUGGCUGCGCCGGGCUCUGCGCUGCGGCGCACAGCAUUCGCUUCUUCGUCGCUGUUAAGGACCGCGGUGAUCCCUGCUACCCGAACACAAGCUAUACACACCCUUCGUGCUGCCCGAUGUCCCAUCCUGGCUUCCCGCGUUCCAACGCCACACUCCCUCUCCCAAACCCGACACAGUUCUUACUCCGCGCCAGCACCGGGUGAAAAUGGAAAGGCGCGGAAGAAGGUUACCAUUCAGACGCUCCAGAACAUGUACAAAAGGGGAGAGCCGAUCACAAUGCUCACGGCCCAUGACUUCCCCAGUGCUCAUGUGGCCGAUGCGUCGGGGAUGGAUAUGGUCUUGGUAGGGGAUAGUUUAGGUAUGGUAGCUCUUGGACUGGAAAACACAACGGAAGUCGUUAUGGAAGAGAUGAUUCUUCAUUGUCGGAGUGUUGCAAGAGCAACUAAGGCCGCUUUCAUUAUCGGAGAUCUACCAAUGGGGUCAUAUGAAGUGUGCGCAGAGCAAGCCAUUGAGUCAUCCCUGCGCCUGGUUAAGGAAGGCCGCGUGCAUGGCGUCAAGCUCGAAGGUGGGGAGGGACUCGCGCCUACAAUCAAGCGCAUUACACAAGCCGGCGUGCCAGUGGUAGGCCAUGUCGGUCUCACACCGCAACGUCAGAAUGCGCUCGGGGGCUUCCGUGUGCAGGGCAAGACGGCGGGCAGCGCGGUAAAGCUGCUGCGCGACGCAUUGGCUAUGCAAGAGGCUGGCGCAUUCAUGCUUGUGCUCGAGGCGAUGCCAGCAGAGGUCGCAUCGAUCAUUACGCAGAAGCUGCGGAUCCCGACUAUUGGUAUUGGCGCUGGGAACGGCUGCUCCGGGCAGGUUCUCGUGCAGGUUGACAUGACUGGGAAUUUCCGACCUGGUCGGUUCGUGCCGAAGUUUGUUAAGCAGUAUGCUGAUGUCUGGGAUGAGGCAGCCCGUGGCAUCUCGCUGUAUCGCGAUGAAGUUAAGAGUCGGGCAUUCCCUUCGGAAGAGUACACAUAUCCCAUUGCGAAGGAGGAGCUUGCUGGGUUCCAGAAAACGGUGGACGAGGUCUUCCAAGAAUCAUGA